AUGUUGAAGUCUAGACGCGUGGCUUUCAAGUUUGUCGCUCAGGAACAGAGGGAAGGUGCCGGAGCUACCGUGCGACGUUCGUUGGGCUCUCAGGAGCUUCGCAAACUGGACCCGUUCCUUUUGUUAGACGAGUUCAACGUUGGCCUACCCGGCGGCUUCCCUGACCACCCCCACCGAGGAUUUGAGACUGUAACAUACAUGCUGCCGACUUCAAUUGGACAUAUGCGCCACGAAGACUUUCUAGGCAACAAGGGCGAGCUCCGACCGGGAGACCUGCAAUGGAUGACCCCGGGCAAAGGCAUUCUGCACGCUGAGAUGCCGGCAAGUGAGUCAAAAGCUCAUGGUCUACAGUUGUGGAUCAAUCUGCCAAAGGCUAAAAAGGCCAUGGAGCCACGUUAUCAGGAAAUCGGUCGGAAUUCCGUACCUCAUGUGUGGGAUAACACCAAGAAGGUGGAAGCAAUCGUAUUUGCAGGAGAGGUGUUUGGACAGAAAGGCCCGAUUGAGACGGAAGCGCCUGUGACAUUUAUUCACUUUUUGAUGAAGAAAGAGGCCGAGCUCGAAUGCAAGAUCCCUGCGGGUCAUAACGCGUUCGUGUACAUUUUGAGUGGCACUGGCAAGUGUGCAGGUGAUCGCAUUGAGGCCCACCAUGCGAUUGUCCUGGAACGAGAUGGUGAUGGCGUACAUAUAAUAACGGACGACACAGCGGGGCUCGAAUUUAUCGUUAUCAGUGGUCAACCUUUGAACGAGCCAGUGGUACAGCACGGUCCUUUUGUCAUGACUUCAGAGGCAGAGAUCCACCAGACCAUUCACGACUACCAGACCGGCUCAAACGGGUUCGAGAAUGCGCCACACUGGACGUCGACAAUCGGUCGUUGA